AAAUUCAUGUUAUCAAAGGACGCAAAUGGGGAAAGCCAGUGAGAAGUAGUCUCUUGCUGUACCAGAAAUUAUUCAUUUCCUCAAAGAGACGGAAUAAAUUGGUUGAGGAUGCAAUCAUGUACUACACACUCUCUUUGGCCAAAGGCAAACGCUGAACAUUUCAGAGCCAUGAGGAUGCUUCUGCACUUGAAUUUGUUAGCUCUUGGAGCUGUCUGUGUUUGUGCUAUUGCCACAGAAAUUCCCAUGAGUACGCUAGUGAAAGAGACCUUGACCCUGCUCUCCUCUCAUCAAACUCUGCUGAUAGACAAUGAGACCCUGAGGAUUCCUGUUCCUGUACAUAAAAAUCACCAACUAUGCACUGAAGAAAUCUUUCAGGGAAUAGACACACUGAAGAAUCAAACUGUACAAAGGGAUACUGUGGAAAAGCUAUUCCAGAACUUGUCUUUAAUAAAAAAAUACAUUGACCUCCAAAAAAAAAAGUGUGGAGAAGAAAGACGGAGAGUAAAGCAAUUCCUAGACUACCUGCAAGAAUUUCUUGGUAUAAUAAACACCGAGUGGACAAUGGAGAAUUGAGACUAAACUAGUUUAUUGUAGCCAAAGAUUUUUGAAGAAGGACAAGGACAUUUUAUCGCAACGAAAAUGAGGGCCAACCAAGGGUGGAGCCUUAAUUUUCAGUGUAAUUAGACUUCAAAGGCAAAGUAAAUAUUAAAGCAUACUGCUACUUUAGCACCUCACACAAGCAGAAAGAAUAAAGUAUUUGAGAUAUGUUUCAGAUAUUAGAAUCACUGAAGUAUUUUCCUCCAGUUUGCUUUUGGCAAAAUAGAUAUAUACUUUUAUCUUAUUUAACUUAACAUUCUGUAAAAUGCUAUAGACCUAAUAUUAUUUAUGAAAUGAUUAAGAAUUUGGUAAAUUAAUAUUUAUUUCAUGCUAUGCUAUGUUCCAA